UUUCCAUCAUCUCACUUUCUCUCUCCUAACAAAAUCCUCCUAACUUUCUUUCUCUCUCUAAAAAAAUCAAGAAUGUCUGGGCGUGGUAAGGGAGGUAAGGGUUUGGGAAAGGGAGGAGCAAAGCGUCACAGGAAAGUUUUAAGAGAUAAUAUUCAAGGUAUUACAAAACCUGCAAUUCGUCGUCUUGCAAGAAGAGGUGGUGUGAAGCGUAUAAGUGGGUUGAUCUAUGAAGAGACACGUGGCGUGCUUAAGAUCUUCUUGGAGAAUGUGAUUCGUGAUGCUGUUACAUACACUGAGCAUGCGAGGAGGAAGACGGUUACCGCCAUGGAUGUUGUUUAUGCUCUUAAAAGGCAAGGAAGAACUUUGUAUGGUUUUGGAGGUUAAAUUUGAAUGAUUUUGGUGUUUUCUAGGGUUUUUUAUGAACAAAUUUGGGGAUAUUUGGUGGUAGUUUGUGUUUUAUUGCGAAAUUAGGGUUUAGAUGGUGUAGAUCUUUGUUCGGGGAUUAGUGUUUUGGAUUUUAUGGUUUUUAGGUUACUUUUGUGUAAUUGAAUCGUUAUGAUUUCAUGAAAUGAAUAUCUUGUUCACUCUAA